CUGGGAUAAAGAGGGGAUCGAUGGCCAAGCCCCUCUACAGACUGCAGCGUUUCCUCCGGAGGACCCAGCUGUUCCUGCUCUUCCUGGGUGUGGCCUACAUCAUGGCCGGGAGCGUCCUGCUACUCCAACGGGCCAACCUGGUGGUGACCCAGCGAGGGGCCACCAGCCCUCCACUGUCCUCCCUGCCCUCCUUACCCUCACCACCCUGGGCCCUGGGGAUGCCACCCGUGAGGGUAGGAGGCUACGGGAGCAGGAGCUCACGGAUCAUGGCCAGGGGGCAGGGGUACAAGCCUGGGAGCCCGUUGGAUGACAGGACUGGAACACGCUGGCUCAUGUCGAGGAAUCUGGAGAUCCGACACCUGCGGCGGCGCUGGUUCCACAGCCUGAUGACGGAGAAGGAUAUGUCACAGGUGGAGAGGAGCACCCCCAGGAGGAAUGUGCCUCAAAAAGGUUCUUACAUGGGCUGCUUCCUGGACAAUUCCAAGGAGCGGGCUUUGAGAGGGUCUGUAUCCACUGAUUUCCGCAAAAUGACCAGCACCAUGUGCCAGGAUACCUGCUCAGCGAGUGGCUACCAGUUUGCUGGUCUGGAGUACGGGUCGGAGUGUUACUGUGGCAACCACAUCACCAGUCUGCGUGUGAGAGACGAGGAGUGUAACUUGGACUGUAAAGGGGAGAAAGGCUCCCCCUGUGGAGGUGUUGGGCGCCUGUCAGUGUUCACGGUGGAGGAUGUGCUUCCAGGCCAGAGGAGAUACAGGAACGUGCGCUACCGCGGCUGCUUCAGGGAGCCUGAGAACAGCUCCUCUACAUCUCUGGUCCAUGUGCUCCAGCCCAACCUCACCUCCCAGUCCUGCAUAGAGGCCUGCAUUAACAAGGAGUUUCCUCUGGCUAUGCUGAGGAGUCCGGACUGUUUCUGUGGUUACGCUACUCCUGACUUCACUCUCCAUGAGCCGGCUGAGGAGGAGCACUGUUCACAGAGCAACACCACUGAGGCCUCCUUACCAUCAACCCUCCAGCGCUUCUACCAGGUCUACCAGACACCUGUCCAAGAUUCCAGAUGCACAGAGAGGAAGUUCCUACCGGAGAAGUCCAGUUCAUUGGUAGCGCUCUCCAGCUUCCCAGGAGCAGGCAACACCUGGGUCAGACACCUCAUAGAGUUGGCCACAGGAUACUACACAGGCAGCUACUACUUUGAUGGAACCCUUUACAACAGAGGCUUCAAAGGUGAGAAGGAUUACUGGAAGAGUGGUCGGACCAUCUGUGUGAAAACACAUGAGAGUGGGAGGAGAGAGAUAGAGAUGUAUGACUCUGUCAUCCUGCUGAUCAGGAGCCCGUACCGUUCCCUCAUGGCUGAGUUCAACAGGAAGUGUGCAGGACAUCUGGGAUACGCCUCUGAUCAGCACUGGAAGACCAAAGAGUGGCCUGAGUUUGUAGGCAGCUACGCCUCCUGGUGGGCGUCGCACGUACUGGACUGGCUGCGGUUCGGCCGGCGUGUCCUAGUGGUCCACUUUGAGGAACUCCAGACAGCGCUGGUGCCCCAGCUACGAUCCAUCACCUCCUUCCUCAACGCCACAGUGACCGAGGACAGACUGCUUUGUGCCGAGAGCAACCAGGAUGGACACUUCAAACGUUCCGGGGCCCGGCAGCCCACCUUCGACCCCUUCACACCCGACAUGAGAGGACUGAUAGAUGGACUGAUCCGUGCGGUGGACCAGGCUCUCCGGGACAGCAAUCACACAGGCCUUCCACUGGAGUACCUGCCCAGAUGAUGGACAGCUAAACUCUGAUAACCCUGAUCUCCACCUCGUCCACUACC